ACACAUACCCAACGCAACCACUUAAAAUUACUCCAUUUUAAUUUGGCUUAUUCCUCCCUCUCUACAUGAUGGAUACAUUCUCGUGUAAUUCUUAUGAACAAAACCAUGCCCAUAAUGAUGAUGUUGAUCUUGAUGCUCAUGAUGAUGAUCAUCAUGGUGGUGAUCAUCAAGAGGAGAGUGGAUGGACAACCUAUCUUGAAGAUUUCUCCAAUCAAUACAGAACUAAUCAUCAUGAAGAGAGCGAUCAUCAUCAAGACAAGAGUUCUUGUUCGCUUUCUGGCGUCUCUCCUUCUCUGGUCUCCGACGCUGCCACUGACGCCUUCUCCGGCAAGAGUUAUCCGGUUAAUUUUCCGGGGAAAUUGAAGUUUGGGAGAGGAAGAACCAAAAAGAUUUGCGAGGAUGACUCUUUGGAGGACACGGCUAGCUCUCCGGUCAAUAGCCCUAAGGUCAGUCAGUUUGAACAUAUUCAGACGCCUCCUAGAAAACUUGAGGACUAUGUCUCUUCUAGUUUCGUUAUGGGAAAUAUUAGGGGCAUGGGGGAUCAUCAAAUCCAUAUACAUGAAGGUGAUGAACAAAAAAUGACGAUGAUGAGAAAUCUCAGAGAAGGAAACAACAAUAACAUGGAUUUGAGGAGUAGAGGAUUAUGCGUCGUCCCAAUAUCCAUGUUGGCUAAUUUUAACGGUCGCCUCUGAUUCUGAAUGAUAAUCAAUUCUAUAAACAUCCUUAAAUAAUAAUUAUAUAAACCCUUGUAAAUUUAAUGGUGUUUAUAUAUUCAUACCCAUCUUGUAUAUGUGCUUGAUGUGUGUAUGCAUGUACAUCUUGAUGGGUAUGUGCUUAAUUACAUAUGUAUAGCUUUUAUGUACAUAUAUAAACACAUAUCGGUGGGAUAUUUGUAAACAUUUGUAAGAGCUACCAUAUCAUACAGCUUAAUAGCUUAUAAGAGCUUUUGCAAAUUACACACU